AUGCUGGGGCCAGCGCUUAUGGGGAUGGCGGGGGCCGGCAUGGUGGGGCCACCACAGGGCGGCGUGGCGCCGCCCAAGGCCGAGAAAUUGCAGGCGAAGAAGGAGAAAGACAUGAAGGUCACCACGGUGUUUGUGGGCGGGCUUCGCAAGAGCACUAGCGAGGACAAGGUCGCUGGGCAUUUUGCCAGGUUCGGCCAGAUUGACAACGUGGACAUCAAGCGCCAGCCCGACGGCACUUCCCGUGGUUUUGCUUUUGUGAAGUUUUUGGACAAGGACGCGGUGGACAAGGUGAUAGAGGCGCGAGCCGACCACAUGAUCGACAACAAGUGGGUGGCGGUGAGGCCGCACGGCGGGAAGGAGUUCGAGGCCAAGCUGUCGCAGGAGAAGGCCGAGAAGGCCAAGGAGGAGGCGCGCACGACCAGCGCACGGCCCGCAGACGACGAGGACGACCACAACGAGGAGAAGUGGUCGGAAAAGUACCUGACGAUGGCCGCGCAGGUUGGCGCGGUCAUGCAGCGGGAGGGGGCUUCGGCCAGUGACGGUGUACCAACGGACCAGGCACUCAGCAUGCUGGAGAAGAGCGCCAGGCAACCGCCCACAAACACAAAUGGCAUCAAUCCAAAUCCCAUGCUGCUCAGCGCGUUGCAAAACCAGAUGGCCAUGAUGAGCAUGAUGGGCGGCAUGACUCCCAUGAUGGGCAUGAUGCAGGGCAUGAUGGGCGGCGGCAUGAACCCCAUGAUGAACCCCAUGAUGGGUGGCAUGGGCCCCAGGCCGAUGAUGCCUGGCAUGAUGGGCAUGCCUGGAGGUGGUGGCGGUGGUGGCUGCAUGCCUGGGAUGGCGGCGGGCGGCGCCAGUAUGCCAGACGGCUGCAUUCCUGGUGGCAUGACCGGCCCCGGCGCAAUGGGCAUGCAGGGGGCUGCGGCGGAGGUUGCGGAGGCUGCGGCGGUUGCGGCGGCGGCGGAGGCUGCGGCGGCGGUUGUGGAGGCUGCAGCGGAGGCUGCGGCGGGGGCUGCGGCGCAGGCUGCGGCGGAGGGUGCGGUGGGGGGUGCUGCUGCGGAGGCUGCGGCGGAGCUUGCGGAGGGGGCGGAUGCUGCGGUGGCGGCCCAGCGGCCGCCGCCGCGGCUCGACGGCGCCGCGGCGGCGGGCGGGUGGGGCCCGCCGCGCCGCCGCGCCCUCGGCGGCAGCGGCGGCGGGCGCGGCGGCGGCGGCCGCCGCCGCGGCGAGGCCGCGCGCGCGGGUGGCCUCGGGGGCGAGGCGUGGCCGGCCGCCACGCGCCUCGCCGUGGGCCUGGCGCUGGCCGCGAACCUGCUCGGCUCGGGGGUGAUCUUCGGCUUCGCGCCGCUGCAGGUGCUCCUGGAGGAGGACGGCGUCUUCCAGGGCCUCUGCGGGAAGGAGGCCAGCGUCUGCCCCGAGCGCACCAGCCAGCUGGUGCUCCUCUACACCCUCGGGAGCACCGCGGCCAUCCUGUGCGGCCCCGUGGGCUUCGUGGUCGACUGGGCGGGCCCCGUCGCGUCGAACGCGCUGAGCGGCGGCGUGGCCUCGCUGGGCCUGGCGCUGCUGGGCGCCGCGCCGCCCGACGGCCUGGCACCGCUGGCGGCGGGGGCGGUGCUCACGGGCUUCGGGGGCGCCGCCAUACUCAUGGCGUCGCUGCCGCUGGGCUUCGUAGUGCCCGCCGCGGCCGAGGGGCCCGUGCUGUCGGCGGUCAACGUGUGCUUCGACGCAUCCUCGGUCGUCUUCCUCCUCGUGUACCGCCUGUACGCAUCGCUUGGCCUCUCGCGGCGGGCGCUGCUGGUGGGCCACGCGGCCGUCAUCGCGACGCUGCACCUGGGGCUCGUCGCCGCGUGGUCUUGCGGGCCUGCGCAGCGGCUGCGCGCCCGACAGGCGGAGGAGCUGAAGCUGGCGGCUGCCGCCUGCCAGGACGACGCCGCCUGCGGCGCGGCCGCCCUGGCGCCCGACGCGCUGCAGAGCUGGGAGUUCCGCUUCGUGCUCGUCUUCUUCACGGCGCAGAUGUUCAGGUCGAAUUUCUACCUCGGCACCAACAAGGCCCUGCUCGAGGCGUACGGCGACGCCAGCACGGGCUACGCGUACACGCAGGUCUUCGCCGCCUUCUUGCCGGUGUCCGUGGUGUGCCUGCCUCUGGCUCCACCUCCGAGGCCUGCGACUGCGGGCGCCCGGGCCGUGCUUCCACGACUGCGCCGGACGGUCCUUCGCCGGUGUUGUGCGGCGCUGCCGCAGGUCGCCGCGGCCCAGGCCAAUGUGGCAGACUGUGAUUGGACCAUCGCUGCGCCUCAGGGUGCGCGCCAGGACCCCCGAAGGCCGAACGCCCUCCACGCGGUCGGCCUGAAGAGCGAAGCCUCGGCUCGCCACGAGCCCGUGGGCGACGCGGGCGCCUCCGUGCGCGCGCUUUGGAAAACCUCCCUGGGCACAAAGUCUGCGCUGUGGCCACCACGUCUGGGGCAGAAGGCCAACAUCUCGCCAGGGUCGAGUGCCUCCGAGGUCUGA